AGAGUUUUGAGUUUGGAUCGUAGAAAGAAACGCUUCUCCAACACUUCACUAACUGCUUCCACGACGGCGCGUGAAACUACUCCGUUCCAAUUGAUGCAUCUGGGUCUCUAGGGUUUUCGCCGAAAAUGUUCACUCCCGAGAGAAAACACUUUCCGGCGACUGACCGGAAAGGAAAGUCCGUAGCUUUCGCCGACGAAACCCUAACCCCUUCUCCGGCGACGAGUCGAUUCGGAUUGGGUGAUUGGAGGACGUUUAGAGAGGUGGGUUUGCUCGACGAAGCCUCCUUAGAAAGGAAGGACCUUGAAGCAGUUAUCGAGAAGAAUCUCAAGCUCGAAAAGGAGUUGUUUGAUUACCAGCAUAACAUGGGGCUACUGCUUAUUGAGAAGAAGAAGUGGGUUGCAAGAAACGAAGAGCUUCAGGAAGCGUUUGAUGAAGUUAAUGAGAUUCUUAGACGUGAAAGGAGUUCAAGUUUGAUAGCGUUGAGUGAAUCUGAGAAGAGAGAAGAGAAUCUUAGGAAGGCUUUGAUCUCUGAGAAGCAGUUUGUAGCUGAGCUUGAGAGGGAUUUGAAGUACUUGCAACAAGAACAUAGUGAGGUGAAGACUACUUCUGAGGUGAAGUUAGCUGAAGCUAAUGCUUUGGUUAUGGGUAUUAAGGAGAAAGCUUUAGAGGUGGAGAGAGAGAGGGCAGUUGCUGAGGAGAAGCUUUCUGUGGUUAGUAGAAAGAGUUCUGAGUUGGAGAGGAAGCUUAAGGAUGUGGAGACUCGUGAAAAAGUGCUCCAAAGGGAGCGUCUUUCUCUUGCUACAGAACGAGAAGCGCAUGAGGCAGUGUUCUACAAGCAGAGAGAAGACCUUCAGGAAUGGGAGAAGAAGCUAACGGUGGAAGAAGAAAGGUUGUCCGAAGUUAAAAGAAGCAUUAGUUAUACAGAGGAAAGAACUAUUGAAAGUGAAAGAGCUAUCAAGAAGAAAGAGAAGAGCCUCGAAGAGAUGCAGCAAAAGAUUGAUACUGCUAAGUCAGAAUUAAAAGAAAGAGAAGAAUCUGUAAAGAUGAUGCUAAAUGACAUUUCUAUAAAGGAAAAAGACUUGGAGGCCAUGAAGACUAAGGUUGAUAUGAAGGAGAAGGAGCUCCAUGAGCUUGAGGAGAAGCUUAUUGCAAGAGAGCAGAUGGAAAUAGGGAAGCUCCUUGAUGAUCAGAAGGGUGUUCUAGAUUCCAGAAUGCAGGAGUUUGAAAUGGAGCUCGAACAGAAGAGAAUAUCCCUUGAUAAAGAACUUGAGAAAAAGAAAAGUGAAAUUGAGAAGCUGCAAGUUGAGAUCAGCCACAAGGAAGAUCAGUUAGGGAAGAGAGAGGCAGCUUUAAAAAAAAUGGAAGAGAGAGUGAAGGAGAAAGAGAAGGAUCUUGAAGCAACGUUGAAAGCUGUGAAGGACAAAGAAGAAGCUCUAAAGACCGAGGAGAAAAAGCUGCACGUGGAAAAUGAACGCUUGCUCGAAGAUAAAGAAAGUCUGCGUAAACUCAAAGAGGAGAUUGAAGAGAUCGGAGCCGAGACAACAAAACAGGAGUCAAGGCUUCGUGAAGAGUACGAAAGUCUCAGGAUUACAGAAGAAGAGAGACUCGAGUUUAUAAAGCAGCAAUCUGAACUAAAGCAGCACAUAGAUAGAGUUAAACAAGAAGGGGAGACGCUCUUGAAGGAACGUGAAGAACUGAAACAAGAUAAGGAAAGAUUCGAGAAAGAGUGGGAAGCCUUGGAUGAGAAGAAGGCUGAUAGAACAUAUGAGAGGAGAAGCCAAGAAGGGCUUGAUGAGCUGGAAUACGAGAAGCUUGCUCUAAAGAAGGAAAGAGAAGAACUAUCUGUAGAAAAGAAGCAGUUAAAGAAACUUCAUGAUGAGUUAUAUAAGGACGUAGCUGAUGUAGAUGCACUUAGAGUCUCAUUGAAGGAGCAACGAGAUGAUUUGUGUCGCUCAAAGGAACGUUUCGCAGUGUUUCUGAAAAAAGUUAACCUCUGCAGUACCUGUAGAACACCAUUCCACGAGUUUAUUAACGCUGAUCGAGUACCUGAUGUUCCAGAAUCUUCGCUGCCUGAUGAUUCUCUGGAUACAAUGGCAGGAAAUGGUCAUGAACCAUCUGCUACUGAGCAUAGUUUCUCUGAAAGUAAAGGUGCUGAGCAAUCAGAGGUAAAGAGUGAUAAACCUAGACGUGGUAGAGGUAGGAGUAAUAAGUCUGUUAGGGGAAGAUCGCAAGCAGCAACUAGUGAUUCAAAACCAUCUGAUGUGAAAGUUGCAAAGAAGCGACAACGAGACCAGGGUUCUAGAAUCACGGAAAGUGAACAUGCAGAUGGUGAUAGUGAUGAAGGUGUAGACAGCGUCACAACUGGUGGACGUAAGAAGAAAAGACAGACAGCUAUUCCUGUCUCUCUGGCACCUGCGCAAAGCCGAUAUCAUCUCAGGAGGCAUAGAAAUGUAGGAACAGAAGAUGAAAAAGCACAAACAUCAACAGGUGCCAUGGAAAAAGAAGAGAGUGUCAAUGGUGAUGAUAUCAGAACAGUGCCAAGUCCGAAGGAUAAUCUGAAGGAAAAUGGAAAAGUUGAGACAGUAGUGGAGGCGGUAACACAUGAGGAGAUUGUUAAGGUUGAAGCAGAGACUGAGUUGAAGGAUAAAAGUACUGGAAAGAGACCAGUGGAAGAAGAUCCACAGUUAGAAGCAGGAGGCAGCGGUGAAAUAAAAGAGGAUGGUGGUGAGGAGGAGGAUGGGACUUUCAGCAGGAUUCAAGAGGAGAACGAAGAAGAAAUAGAAGAAGAAGAUACAGAAACAGAGCACCCAGGGGAGGCUUCCAUAGGAAAGAAGAUUUGGACCUUUUUCACAACCUAAUCUCAUUUUCUUCUCCCUUUCUCCCUCUAGAAGACAAAACUAUCUCACAAUUAGGAUUUUUUUAAAGAGAGAAGAACAUCGUGUUAUGUGUUGUUGAUUUUUGAACUUUAAUUUCGUUUUCAAGCAACUGAAACAAAAGGAAGUGUGUACUCUUGGAAACUAAGGGCUUUUUGGUGGAAAUGCAAG